AUGCAGCAAAGUGGGUCGACCCAAAGGAGGACUGCAAUUAAACAAGAACAAACGUCAUCAAAGCAGCCACCUGCAUUAUUAAACAAUAACCAGCAUAUACCUGGAAAACCUGUCUUGAACCAUGCAAUGGUUAUGAGAAAUAAAUUUGCAAAAACAAUUGCAAAUCAUUUACCACAAAGUACAGCGAUUAAAUCAGUGAGCACAAUUGUAACUCAGCACAGCAAUACGACAGCUGUGCAAAACUAUGCUACAGCAAUACAAGCACAGUGGGUUAGUAAUCGAACAAAGGAACGAGUUGCGAAGUUAGAAUCAUUCUUUACAAGGUUAAUAACCUUAGCGACUAGUAUAUCACCAGAGAUUGGUAAAUAUGUUCAGGAACUUAUAAAGGCUCUUGUGGUAAGAAUAGGGGAUUUUUAGUCUACCACCUCUUUAAAUUUGUGCUGAUUGCUUAUAUGGUGUUACAAAAAUUAACAAGUUCUAAAUGUAUGAGUCUCUAGAGCUGCUCCCGAUUAAUCAAUCAAUCGAUUAUUUUUUUACAAUCGAUUAUGCUUAACAGUAAUCUGAUUAUCUAUAACACCACACAGUGUGACAUGGGAAUGAGUUACUGCAAUUUCUUUUCAGAUUAAAAAAAUUGUGAUGAGAUUGUGAUAGAAACAUUAAAUGACAAAUUGAUUCAAAGCAAUUUGUGGGUAAUAUCAAUUUCACUUGCAGCAUGCAAAGUUUACCAUAGUCUGAUUGGGUAUUUUACCAGUGCUGUGAAAAUAUCUUUAAAGUUUUAUUAGAAGAAUUAAUGGGUCGUUCCAGAAAAGAUCCAUACUCCCCCCACAGAGGAAAUUUCUGCUGUCUGGAGGGGAGAAAAAAUUGCUUCUGAUCAUAGUAAAUGUAUUAGGACAUCCGAAGGGGGUAGGGGGGUUAACUUCCUAUUUACUCUGUCGGGGUGGUAUGGAUGUUUUCUGGAAUGACCCAAUAUAAUCAUUUGCAUCCAACAUUGCGGCAUGCGGACAUAAGCCGAAACGAAAAGAUCGAGGACGAAAACCACAGAAGCGAGACUUGUGGCGAAACAAUCGAGCGAAAAUUAAGCGAGCACGUGGUUGAUGUUGCUGGUAAAGACGAAGUCAACAGGAAACAUUCAAUUUGCGAGGAAUGUCAGAACCGCAAAGACGAAAUUACAGAAAUAAAAGCGAUUAUAAACGAAAUUAAAACUAACCAAAACGAAGACCGAGAAAAAUCAAUUAUAAAAGCGUUAGAAUCGGACGAAAGGAUAAAAUCCUUGCACGAGGAAAACUCAAAAAUGACGGAAGAGAUCAAAUAUCUUAAAGCUACAAUAUCCGAACUUUUCACUGACAAUGAGAACAUAAAAAAUAUUCUCGACGUCAAGCAGAAUGAAUGGCUGAAAAUAGCGGAAAACCCGAAUCCAUCAAAAUGUAGUAAAACUGCAACAACGCCGCCUACAACCUCA